GUUUCAGGACCGUUGGCACCGGGCUAACGGUUCCACCACGUCAGCCGCUCUGGACGCCCGCGGCCUGCCCCAGGCAGCCUGGCCCCUCCCUGCCUGUCCUGCGCCGAUACACUUUGAGUGGAUUCUGGCCAUUUGAGCAUUCUCUCCAACUCUCCGACCCCCAGUCUGCCCCCACGGGGGUCUCUCCACCACUCCCCCGUCCUACAGCCUAAACCCCUCUUCGCCCUGAACCUCCCUUUUCCUCAUGUGGUGAAUGGGCACUGGCCCCGCUCAGACUCCCAGGAGCACCAGAGCUGGCCCUGAGCCAAGUCCUGCCCCACCAGGACCUGGGGACACAGGUGACUCAGACCUGACUCAGGAAGGCUCAGGUCCUGCUGGCAUCCGCGGAGGUGGUGAGAAGGUGAUCAGAGCUGGGAUGGGGCACUCCCCAGGCAGAGGGGCACCCCAGAGGAGGCACAGGGCCCAGCCUGGUGGGGCUGGGAAGUAUGAACGGAGACCAGAAGGCCCCACCAGCAUGGGCAGCCUGGCCCAGAGAGAAGAUCUCCAAGAUGAUGAGGACAAGAACUCAGCAUUCACCUGGGAGGUCCAGGCCAACAACCGCGCCUACAACGGGCAGUUCAAGGAGAAGGUGUUCCUGUGCUGGCAGAAGAAGAAAUACAAGACCAACGUCAUCCGCACGGCCAAGUACAACUUCUUCUCGUUCCUGCCGCUGAACCUGUACGAGCAGCUCCACCGGGUGUCCAACCUGUACUUCCUCCUCAUCAUCAUCCUGCAGAGCAUUCCCGACAUCUCUACGCUGCCCUGGUUCUCGCUCGGCGCCCCCAUGGUCUGCCUCCUCUUUAUCCGUGCCACCCGGGACCUGGUGGACGACAUCGGGAGACACAAGAGUGACAGAACCAUCAACAACAGACCCUGCCAGAUUCUAAUGGGGAAGAGCUUCAAGCGGAAGAAAUGGCAGAAUCUGUGCGUGGGGGAUGUGGUCUGUCUCCACAAGGACAACAUUGUCCCGGCUGACAUGCUCUUGCUGGCCAGCACGGAGCCCAGCAGCCUGUGCUACGUGGAGACGGUGGACAUUGACGGGGAGACCAACUUGAAGUUCAGACAGGCCCUGAUGGUCACCCACAAAGAACUGACCUCUGUAAAGAAGAUGGCAUCCUUUCAAGGCACGGUGACGUGUGAGGCGCCCAACAGCCGGUUGCACCACUUCGUGGGGUGCCUGGAAUGGAAUGACAAGAAAUACUCCCUGGACAUUGGCAACCUCCUCCUCCGAGGCUGCAGGAUUCGCAACACAGACACCUGCUAUGGAAUGGUCAUUUAUGCUGAUGGAUAUGUGUUUGCAAACCUUGCAGGUUUUGACACAAAAAUUAUGAAGAACUGUGGCAAGAUCCAUUUGAAGAGAACCAAGCUAGACCUCCUGAUGAACAAGCUGGUGGUUGUGAUCUUCAUCUCCGUGGUGCUCAUCUGCCUGGUGUUGGCCUUCAGCUUCGGUUUCUCCGUCAAAGAAUUCAAAGGCCAGCACUACUACCUCUCAGGGCUGCAUGCGAGCAGUGUGGCCGCAGAGGCCUUCUUCAUCUUCUGGGGCUUCCUCAUCCUGCUCAGUGUCACCAUCCCGAUGUCCAUGUUCAUCCUGUCCGAGUUCAUCUACCUGGGGAACAGCGUCUUCAUCAACUGGGACGUGCAGAUGUACUACCAGCCGCAGGACGUGCCCGCCAAGGCCCGCAGCACCAGCCUCAACGACCACCUGGGCCAGGUGGAAUACAUCUUCUCGGACAAGACGGGCACUCUCACGCAGAACAUCCUGACCUUCAACAAGUGCUGCAUCAACGGCCGCAUCUACGGGCCAGAUUCGGAGGCCAGGACCCGACCCAAGGAGGACCCCUACCUCUGGAACAAGUUCGCCGACGGGAAGCUGCUUUUCCACAACGCGGCCCUGCUGAACCUCGUGCGGAGCAACAGGGACGCGGCGGUGCGCGAGUUCUGGCGCCUGCUGGCCAUCUGCCACACGGUGAUGGUGCGGGAGAGCCCCCCCUCCCCACCAGACCAGCUGUUGUACCAGGCGGCCUCCCCCGACGAGGGGGCGCUGGUCACCGCGGCCCGGAACUUCGGCUACGUGUUCCUGUCCCGCACCCAGGACACCAUCACCAUCGUGGAGCUGGGGGAGGAGCGGGUCUACCAGGUCCUGGCCAUAAUGGACUUCAACAGCAUGCGCAAACGGAUGUCGGUGCUGGUCCGAAAGCCAGAGGGCACCAUCUGCCUGUACACCAAGGGCGCCGACACGGUCAUCUUCCAACGCUUGCACAGGAGAGGGGCAACGGAAUUUGCCACAGAGGCGGCCUUGGCUGCCUUUGCCCAGGAGACCCUGCGGACACUGUGCCUGGCCUACAGGGAGGUGGCUGAGGACAUUUACGAGGACUGGCGGCAGCGCCACCAGGAGGCCAGCCUCCUGCUGCAGAACCGGGCGCAGGCCCUGCAACAGGUGUACAACGAGUUGGAGCAGAACCUCAAGCUGCUGGGAGCCACAGCCAUCGAGGACAGACUUCAGGACAGCGUUCCUGAAACCAUCAAAUGUCUCAAGAAGAGCAACAUCAAAAUAUGGGUGCUCACUGGGGACAAGCAGGAGACCGCUGUUAACGUCGGCUUCGCCUGCGAGCUGCUGUCAGAGAAUAUGCUCAUUCUGGAGGAGAAGGAGAUUACGUGCUUGUCUCAUUGGACGGAGACCGCGGACGUGGGCGUGGGGCUGGCCGGCCAGGAGGGCAUGCAGGCUGUUCAGAACAGCGACUUCGUGCUGGGCCAGUUCUGCUUCCUGCAGCGCCUCCUGCUGGUGCACGGCCGCUGGUCCUACGUGCGGAUCUGCAAGUUCCUGCGCUACUUCUUCUAUAAGACCAUGGCCAGCAUGAUGGUGCAGGUCUGGUUCGCCUGCUACAAUGGCUUCACUGCCCAGCCCCUGUAUGAAGGAUGGUUCCUGGCUCUUUUUAACCUCCUGUACAGCACCCUGCCAGUUCUCUACAUUGGGCUCUUCGAGCAGGACGUGAGCGCGGAGCAGAGCCUGGAGCAGCCGGAGCUGUACUUGGCGGGGCAGAAGGAUGAGCUCUUCAACUACUGGGUCUUCGUCCAAGCCAUCGCCCACGGCGUGGCCACCUCUCUGGUCAACUUCUUCAUGACGCUGUGGAUCAGCCGUGACACGGCGGGACCUGCCAGCUUCAGCGACCACCAGUCCUUUGCGGUCGUGGUGGCCUUGUCCGGCCUGCUGUCCAUCACCAUGGAGGUCAUUCUUAUCAUCAAGUACUGGACUGUCCUGUGCGUGGUGACCAUCGUUCUCAGCCUGGGUUUCUACGCCAUCAUGACCACCAUCACCCAGAGCUUAUGGCUCUUCAGAGUAUCCCCCAAGACCUUCCCGUUUCUGUACGCUGACCGCAGUGUGCUGUCCUCCCCCUCCAUCCUGCUGGUGGUCCUGCUGAGCGUGUCCAUAAACACCUUCCCUGUCCUGGCCCUCCGGGUCAUCUUUCCAGCCCUCAAGAAGCUGCUCGCCAAGGAGGAGAAGGUGGAGGAGGGCCCGAGCGAGGAGAUUUUCGCCGUGGAGCCCUUGCCUCAUUUAUACCGCGAGUCUCGCGCCCGGCGUUCCAGCUAUGCCUUCUCCCACCGUGAGGGCUACGCAGACCUCAUCACUCAGGGCACAAUUCUGCGGAGGGGACCAGGGGUCAGCAGUGACAUAGCAUCUGAAUCCAUAGACCCAUCUGAUGAAGAGGCAUUUUCAAGCCCAAAGGAGUCGCACUGGCAUCUCAGGAAGAUGUCCUUCCUGGGGCGGAAGAAGCGCCAGUCACAGGGGCAGAGCUGGCAAAAGGAGCCCCUCACCCCCAAGGAGGGGACGGUGCCACUUCCAGACAAGACCCACGAAUCUCAGGUGGAGACUCUGCCACCAAGUCUGGCGGAAUCGUCCACGUCCACGAGCGAGCAGCCUAUGGAGGUGGAGCCCUGGCCUGUGGAGAAGCAGUCGUCAUCAUCCAUGGAGUGGCUGCUGGUGCCCGGGGAGGAGCAGCCAUCCUUGCCCCCAGAGGAGCAGUCAUUGCCCUCUGCAGAGGGGACCAGGGGUCAGCAGUGA